AUGCCGUUUGGACUCUACAAUGCCCCCACAAGUGGACAGGUUGAAGUCUCUAACAGGGAACUCAAGAGGAUCCUGGAGAAGACUGUGAGUACCUCAAGAAGGGACUGGACAAGGAAGCUUGAUGAUGUUUUUCGGGCAUACCAGAUUGCUUUCAAGACCCCUAUUGGAAUAUCUCCAUACCAGUUAGUUUUUGGUAAAGCAUGUCCCUUGCUCGUGGAAUUGGGGCACAGAGCUUAUUGGGCAAUAAAGUUCCUAAAUUUUGAUGCUAAGGCCACAGGAGAGAAGAAGCUGCUCCAGCUGAAUGAGCUUGAUGAGUUCAGAAACUCUGCUUAUGAGAAUGCCAAGCUUGAUGAGUUCAGAGGGUUCUCCAUUUCAACUCUCGGUUCAAGCUCUUUCCAGGAAAGCUCAAGUCCCGGUGAUCAGGACCUUUUAUGGUCACUGGAGUGUCACCUUAUGGUCAUGUGA